AUGAACAAAAAUGGAACAGCUAAAAUGAAUGAUAAUCAAAUAAGAGCCGAAGGUAGAAGGUUAUUUAAACGCUUCUAUAACAUUCCUGAUGGUGUUAAUCCUAAAACUCGUAGAAGUUAUUUAAAUGAAGCCAUAGAUGCAUAUGAAGGAUUUGACAUUUCAUCAGAAAGUGAGAGGUUAGCAAGAAUGUUAAACGUUAAUAUUGAUUUUUAUUAUUGUGACCCUCAACCAGAAGACGUAGACAUUAACAAGGUAGACUUUCCAUUAGUGGAAUCAAUAAUGAUAGAUCCAGAAUUUGAAACAGUAAAUAUUUUAUUAACACAGAGUCCAUGUGGAAAACUUCACGCUGACAGAAUUACAGACGUUGAAGCACUCACAGGAUAUAAAGUUUGCCCCUUUUGCAAAGAAGAAGUAUAUUCUAUCCGUGAUGAUCCAGAAAGGAAAAACCAAAGAAGAUUUUUAAAACAUUGUGAGAAAUGUAAAGAAAAUAAUGGAAGAUUAAUUCAAGACGUUCAAUUGCAAAACACACAACAACCAUAUGCACCACAUAUCACGAAACAGAAGAUAUAUCAAUGGCUAUUAGCACAUAAUUUGCAGGAAUAUUAUAAACCAACAAGAUAUUAUAUUACUUUUGACUUCGAAACAUUAGAGACUAAAGAAGAACUUCAACUUUCUGAAUGUGCAACUUUGAACGCUUACUUAAAACCAUUUAUGGUAUCAUCAACUGUCAAAAUAAAGCCGCAAAGCGGCGAGGUCGUAGACCGUGAUAAAACAUUUACGAGGAAUUUUUGCUUAACAUCAAGUGAUUCGUUCAUCUCUGAUUGGAUUGAAUUUUUAUUUUCAACCUGUUCAUUAGUUGCUAAAUCAAAUAUUGAACAAUAUGAAGAAUUAAUGAAUACAUUAAAUGAGAAACAAAAGGAAGCAAUGAAAGAGCUUUUAGAUGAAGAAUUUAAUAAAGUGAAUAUCAUUGGUUUUAAUUCGGGAAAGUUUGAUUUAAAUUUAAUUCUUCGUGAUUUAAAUACUGCAAAAUGGAAGAUAAAAUCAAUGCUGGGUUCUUCUUCUCAAUUUAAGCAAGUCAUAGUAAAGAAAACAAACUGUCCAUAUGAAUUAAGAUUUAUUGACAUCAGAAAUUAUAUAGCGGGUGGAACAUUAGACCAAUUCACUCAAGAUUUCGGAAACAAUAAAUCACGUGUUAAAUCCUUUUUCCCUUAUCAAUUCAUCACAUGGGAGAAUUACGAAGAUGAAUUAUAUAAAAAGGAACCAUUCACUCAAGAUUCAUUUUAUUCAGCAUUAACACAAGAAACAAUAUCCGAUUCAGAUUAUCAAAUAUAUCUCAAUGAUGCUAAAAAUUUAGAAUAG